GCGUGCGCCACGUUGUCAAACAGGAGCUCGGCUGCUGGAUCGACCCUUCAUUCAUUCUUCUUUUCUAAGAGACGGAGGACGACACCCGAGGGCCAGCCAUGUCUGGACUCAACGCAUCACUCGGGUACUUCCUGUCGGUGGUAAUUUUCGCGGUCUUGGUCCAAACGCUCCUCAGAAAAUGGCCUCGGUUUAGCUUCGUGUCCGAGUUCGCCGCCUCCUUCAUGCUGGUGGCGUGCUGGCUGGAGAUACAGACCAUCGUGGAGGUGGGCCAGUGGGCCGGGGGCUUGGGCCAGGACGUGACCGUCACCAUGCUGUUUGUGCUGCUGCUGACUCACGGCGUGCUCUGCGCUGGAACGUCGGGGAAUCCCAGCCUGGUCAUGCAGAAGUUCCUGCAGCUGGAGGUCGGCGCUCUGCCCACGGCGCUCGCCGUCACGGCCCAGUUCGCUGGGGCUCACCUGGGCCUGCUGGCAGCCAGGUACUACUGGAGCCUGGAGCUGACGGACAUGCACAUGAUCAAAAACCUCAUGUCGAGAGAAUGCAGCACGUCCCUGCUGGUCUCCGUGGUUCAAGGCUUUUUUACAGAGUGUGCCUGCGCGCUUGUCUUUCAUCUCAUCCAGUUAAAUCUGAGACGCAGAUCGGCUCUGAUCCGGGUACCCCUUAUCGCAGUUCUCAACACUUUCUUCUCUCAUGUCGCCAGGAGCUACACCUCUGCUUUCAUGAACCCAUCUCUGGCUUAUGGACUCACCUUCUACUGUCCUGGAUUUACCUUCAAAGAGUAUGCAGUGGUUUACUGGCUGAGCUCUCUCACAGGUACGUCACAUUACGCAACACCAAACGGUGCAUUCGUGUGUUGCAGUCUUUUAACAGUUUCCUUAAAAACUGCUUGUUUCCCAGGGAUGAUGUUGGCUCUUCUCCUUUACAUGGGCCACAUUCCCAGGCUUUUUGCCAAGAACCUUCUGUAUUUCCAGAAGACACGCUUCAGAGUGCCGAAAGGAGACAAACCGGAAAAGAAGAAAAAGUGACAGAUGGUGAUAGGAAAAAAAAAAAGACUAUUACAAGAAAUGGUCAAUGGCAGAAAGAGGUUUACUUUAA